AAAUUGCCUCAGACGGUCUGAAGGGACGUGUGUUCGAGGUGAGCCUUGCUGACCUGCAAAACGACGAGGUCGCCUUCCGCAAGUUCAAGCUCAUCACCGAAGAUGUUCAGGGCAAAAACUGCCUCACCAACUUCCACGGCAUGGACCUGACCCGGGACAAGAUGUGCUCCAUGGUUAAGAAGUGGCAGACCAUGAUUGAAGCCCACGUGGAUGUGAAGACCACCGAUGGAUACCUGCUGCGCCUGUUCUGUGUUGGUUUCACAAAGAAGCGCAACAACCAGGUCAGAAAGACCUCGUACGCCCAGCACCAGCAGGUCCGUCAGAUCCGCAAGAAGAUGAUGGAGAUCAUGACCCGUGAGGUUCAAACGAACGACCUGAAGGAAGUGGUCAACAAGCUGAUCCCUGACAGCGUCGGCAAGGACAUCGAAAAGGCUUGCCAGUCCAUCUACCCUCUACAUGACGUCUACGUCCGCAAGGUCAAAAUGCUGAAGAAGCCCAAGUUUGAGUUGGGCAAACUGAUGGAGCUCCAUGGAGAGGGUGGUGCAGGCGGUGCUGCAAAGGCAUCUGGUGAUGACACUGGAGCCAAGGUGGAGAGGGCUGAUGGCUAUGAGCCCCCCAUCCAGGAGACUGUCUAGAAACAUCCCAACAGAUUUAAUAAAAACUGUAAAUGACCAAAUGA